CGGCUUUGAUUCGAAGUCCGUAGUAGAAGUGCCUGCAUUCCGUGUCUGGUUUUCGAUCCAUCAUGUUGCGUCUUCGCUCGCCGCAGGCUGUCGCCUUCGCCUUCGCCAUCGUCCUAAUCUCGGCAUCCGCUUCCGCCGAGGUGGUCAACUUCGAGCCCUGUGCGGACAGUGUGGACACCUGUACGAUCCAGCAGGUGAGGGUUUCGCCCUGCCCCGAGGCCAAUGCCAAUGCCGCAUGCCACAUCCGGCGCAAGCGCAACAGCGAGAUGAGCUUCGACUUCACGCCCAACUUCGAUGCCGACACCCUGAAGGCCAGCUUGGGUUGGGCCAAGAGCGAGAACGUGGAGCUGCCCCUCGUCACCUUGGACCGGGAGGCCUGCAAGUACACCACCUGCCCCGUGAGAUCCGGAGUCACCCAGACGUACACCACCCUGGUGCCCAUCGAAUCCAAGUUCCCCCUGAGUCCCUACACCAUCCGUUGGGCCCUGAAGGACCCCGUCUCCCAGAAGCGCUGCUGCUUCACCAUCGACAUCAAGGUGGUGCGCUGAUCGAUUUGAGUUUGGCAUAACUCGCUGCAGUUGUGCCAUCGCAUGUGCACUGAAUUGAAUGGUGAAAUGAACCCUUUCUCCCAAAUACAGUAAAUUAUCGUGACGUUUAAAUGCUGCACUAGUUUCGCUACUUUCUUGAAAUAAACAUUUCUUAUUUGGUAUAUUUGAUAGUCGCUGCUCCCCUGACUGUUGUGAAUAUAUUUAUUUUCCGCUAACGA